GAAGUGGCCUCCUCUUCUGCGGGGUAACUUGACGCGGAGCCUCGGCGGUGUUUUUCUGGGAGGAGCGGGGCAGCAGGCGAAGAGCUGAGUGGGCAAAGAAAACAGCAAUAAGCAACAACUAAUGGUCCAAAGCGGGCAUUGUGAGACCUGGACGUUACCACAUCGAUGAAGUUAAGCGGGACUAUCACGUCCUGCACCGUGUUUCAGAGGACCCGUCGGGUCCAGACUUUCAGAGACCGAGCAGGCGGACCGGACUCGUGAAGAAAGGGGGAGCAGGCGGCGGACACGGCGACAUCAAAGGACUCCCAGCUCAAGACGAGAGGGGGAAGCUGCUCUGUUCUCAGACCUCAGACCUGCUGUAUGCUUUCAUUCUGGGAAACUUUUCAACCUCUCACUAAGUUGGACAAAGAGCCCCGUCUGUAGUCUCCCCCCCCCCCUCCUCUGGAUCAUUGGGAGUAUACAUGGAGAACCAGGCCCGCAUGAUGCUGGGUCAUAUCGGACUAAGUGGACUGUCUGAGGAGGAUGUGGGGGAUCCUGACAACAUCAGGAAACAUCACAGCCUAGGUCAGCCGCAGCAGGACAUCGGUGACAUACUCCAGCAGAUCAUGACCAUCACAGACGAGAGUCUGGACGAGGCCCAGGCCAGGAAACACGCUUUAAACUGCCACAGAAUGAAGCCGGCCCUCUUCAGCGUCCUGUGUGAGAUGAAGGAGAAGAUGGCUCUGGGUAUCCGAGGGAUCCAGGAGGAGGACGGUCCUGACCCUCAGAUAUUGAGGCUCGACAACAUGCUGUUAGCCGAGGGUGUCGCUGGCUUGGAGAAGGGUGGGGCGUCUGCAGCAGCGGCAGCGGUUGCCGUUGCAGCCGGAGCGUCGCCCAGCGAUGGGAGCUUACAGCACAGCGAGUACAGAGAGAAGCUGGCUCAGAUACGACAGAUGUAUCACGCCGAGCUGGAGAAAUACGAACAGGCGUGCAAUGAAUUCACAGACCACGUGAUGAACCUGCUGAGGGAGCAGUCCCGUACGCGGCCGGUCUCUCCCAAAGAGAUCGAGCGGAUGGUGGGAAUCAUCCACCGCAAGUUUAACACCAUCCAGAUGCAGCUGAAGCAGAGCACGUGUGAGGCCGUCAUGAUCCUGCGCUCACGCUUCCUGGACGCCAGGCGGAAACGGAGAAACUUCAGCAAGCAGGCGGCAGAGAUCCUCAAUGAAUACUUUUACUCCCAUCUGGCGAACCCGUACCCGAGCGAGGAGGCCAAGGAGGAGCUUGCCAAGAAGUGUUCCAUCACCGUGUCUCAGGUUGCCAACUGGUUUGGAAAUAAGCGGAUUCGCUAUAAGAAGAACGUUUCAAAGCUCCAGGAGGAAGCCAACAUGUACGCCAUGAAGACGGCGGCAAGCGCGUCCUCACAGGCCAGCCAAGGCAACUCUCCAGCCACGCCAAACUCAGGAGGAUACCCGGCUCCAUGUUUCUCUCCUGAAGGGAGGUUGUGAGGAUUAACCUGCAGGACGUCUCCUCAGAGUCACAUGACCCUGAGGGACAGAGGGACAACAGCACCCACCCUCCCCCCCCAACACCGGCCAGCGAGCACUACUUCACCUCCAGCCGCCGCCACCGCCCCCCUGCAGGAUGACCUCCAG